AUGGAGGCCUUAGGCCUUCGAUUCCAGGGAAGAGGAGUCAAAGACAGCCAAAUUGAAUCUGAGAUUCAAAGCAAGAUCAAAAAGUCCCGUCAAGCGGUCCUGUCGCGCUUGGAUGAUGGCAAUGUGGAGCUUUCCACGAUACAGAGCCUCUGUUUGCUGAGUAUGCUAGAAUACACAGCUGGUAACCUGAUUCGCGCUGGUUUCUACUCUCGCAUGGCUGGAUAUUUCAUUCGUAGCACUCGAGUGGGCGAUAUCGAGUUCGUCAAUACUUUAGACAACGAAAACGACGAGCGGAAGCUCUGCCACGCGAGUGUGAUAUUGCUCCAGAAUCUUCAAGGAAGCCUCCAUGCCUUUCCACCAAAGGACACCACAGACCUUUCGUGUGACACAUGGCUCGCGACACCAUUAUUUGAAACAAUGAUAUCAAAAAAGGACACUCGGCGGGGAACAAGCGGCUUGAAGCUAGAUAUCGGAAUCAAGGCUGCUAAUAUGCAUGCUAGUGAGCUAUGGGCUCUAGCAUGCAAGUACGCGAUGGAUUAUCGUGUCGAUGCCGAUCCUCCAUGGCAUCCGCAAUCUCACUAUGGUAUGAUCACAUACUGGCACACUGAGCAUGAGAGCUGCAUGCCACUAAGGUUUCGGCUGCAUGCAAGCCGGUUUCAAGACUAUUCCUCGUCAGAUCUACAGAAGUAUCGAAACUACUGGGGCCCAUGGUUAUUCUUCCAAAUAAUCUGGCAUGCAGUUCCGGCUCUUCUAAACCACCCCUUUCUCCUUUCUAUGCGCCUAAGAAACUUCCGGAGAACUAUGCCCCAAACAUUCCUUCGCAAUUCCUUCGAACAACUCACACUGCACUGUGGCUGGAUAUCGCAUUUUCUUGACCUUGUGGAGCAUAAGCGAUUUGAAAUAUCGGACCCCACGCUAGGCCAUUGUGUGGCGGUCGUUGCAACGAUCUACCUUCAACAUAGUUUCACGGAAGACGAGGCAUUCAGCAAAAAGGCCCAGAUGGGAUUUGAGAAAUGUCUUCGUUUCCUACAUGCAAUGGCCCGUCGAUGGCCACACAUCGCACGACAAGUGAGUUGA